GUGACGUGCUGCUGGGCUGUGGCGCCCGCCACGAUUGGCACCACAUAGCCUGGCGCCUGCAGGUCAAACCGGACGCGAGCCCGGGCAGUGCAGUGGUCCUACAAAUACUCUCCCCGCCCCGCAUCCGCACACUGCAUCCCAUCCCACGAAAACAAGCAGAGAGAGAACCCCAGCGGGCAAACGCCUCCCCCCCCCCCCCCCCCCCCCCCCCUUGCCUCCAGGCCCCAGAUCCGGCCAUCCGGGUAGCUCCAGCCCUUCUCCAAUGGCAGUCAAGGUCUACGUCGUGUUUUACUCCACCUACGGGCACGUUGCCAAGCUUGCUGAGGAGAUGAAGAAAGGCGCCGCUUCAGUUGAAGGCGUGGAGGUCAAAGUAUGGCAGGUCCCGGAGAUUCUGUCCGAGGAGGUGCUCGGCAAGAUGGGCGCGCCACCCAAGACCGACGCGCCGGUCAUCACCCCGCAGGAGCUGGCGGAGGCCGACGGCGUCCUCUUCGGGUUCCCCACGCGGUUCGGCAUGAUGGCGGCGCAGAUGAAGGCCUUCUUCGACGCGACCGGCGGGCUGUGGCGCGAGCAGAGCCUGGCCGGCAAGCCCGCCGGCCUCUUCUUCAGCACCGGCUCCCAGGGUGGCGGCCAGGAGACCACGCCGCUGACGGCGGUGACGCAGCUGACGCACCACGGGAUGGUGUUCGUGCCUGUGGGGUACACGUUCGGCGCCAAGAUAUUCGACAUGGAGAGCGUGCACGGCGGCAGCCCGUACGGCGCGGGCACGUUCGCCGGGGACGGGUCGCGGUGGCCGACGGAACUGGAGCUGGAGCACGCCUUCCACCAGGGCAAGUACUUCGCCGGCAUCGCCAAGAGGCUCAAGGGCGGCUCCGCCUGAUAUCGCUCGCACCCUCCUAUACGUAUACAUAAUUAUUAUAGGGAACAUAUCUGGUGCAUAUAUAAAUUUAGUGUACAUGGUGCAUAUAUUAAAUCAGCAUUACUCAUUUUAGAUAUAAUGUCUCUAGUUGUUGGUAUAUUUUGCUAAGAACACCCUCCGACGUGGUGAAGUAUAGCGGUGGAAAAUAUUAUUUAUAAAUUGCAAUGAUCAACUAGAGACGUUAAAUCUAAAAUAAAUAGUGAUGAUUUAAUAUGUGCACCAUAUAUACUAAGCUUCCAUGUACACCAGAUAUGUCCUCGUUAUUACAUGUACACGAGGUAUGAUAUGCAUUCCAUGUUUUCGUGGUGGUUUCGAUUGUAUUGUUGUGUGAAAUUUGGUAAUCGGACCCAUAUUAAUUAAUAAUUAUGGCGUCAUUCAUGUGA